GACAUCAUCGAGAAGCUGCCGAGAUUUCGCGCACUGCACUUCACCUGGCGGCCAGCAACCCCAACAUCAAGGCGAAGUUGGUGCAGCUUUGGAGCGAACUGGGAGGCGAGAAGCUAAUGGAGGACGUGAUCCUGACGCCACUGGAGCGCGCUCGCGAGCCAUCAGAAGUGCCGUCAAUUCCGCCGCUGGGACCGGAGGUGCUGGAGGAGGCCGAAGACGAAGAGGAGGAGCAGCGGCCGGACGAGACCGACGAAGGGCUCACCGUUGACGAGGCCCUGGAGUACGCUUUGCGGGUGUCUCAAGACUUACAGCGCCCCCCUGGAGAGGCGGCCGCGGUCCGACAGUGGACCCUUCUUGGCACGCCGGAGGACAACGCCCGCGUCGAAGGCCUGGCGAGGGGCCUCCUUCAGCAGCGCGCGCAGAAAGCGCGCACGACUACCGGCGAAGCAGCCCGCGAGGGAGCGCCGCUGAGAUAG